AUGAGUACCCAAGCCCAUUCGCUUGGUUUGAACAACCUUACCGAUAUGGUCACUGGGAUGGAACUUGAUAUUGAUCACGACAAUCCUCAUUGGCCUAUUUAUAAUCAAACGAGCCAUUCUAACUUACUUGUAUACCAAGACGACUGGGUGUACACUCGAGACGACUGGUCUGGAGGGUGGGCGGAGGAUGUGCAGGAAAGGGGGUGGAUGAGACGGUGUUCGGACCGGAUCUUGAUGGCUAUCGACGCCUUCCUGCUCAUCGGCACGGUGCUUUUACCCUUGUUGAUCGGAUACAUGUUGCCCGUUGAUGGGGAAGAUCCAGACCCUGAAUGGUGGAUCGAGUUUUCAUAA